GUGACGCAAACGCAGUUACCUUGAGUAAGUGUCCCGUUGUAAGUGGUGUAAGUUAUAAGUAGGUUUAUGGUCAGUACUCAGUGUUGUGUACUCUAGUGCACAGUGUUUUGUACUCUAGUGCACAGUGUUGUGUACUCUAGUGCACAGUGGUUACUCUCAGUGAUGGACCACACCAGUGUAAGGACCAUCACCACCAUACUUUUUGACCUUGAUAAUACAUUACUCUACACAAGGGAACUUGAUUGUGCAACUUGUACUGAGGUUAAAUCAUGGUUGGAGAAGCAAGAAUUUUCCCGAGAGGAGAGCAAGAAGAUCACCUCCGAGUUUCUCCAGAGGUACCGAGAAGCUCCAGCCCCAGACUACUCAACGGAUGAAGAGGGACUGGAACAGUGGAGAUUGAACAUCUGGGCAUCAGUUUUACCUGAGAAGUACCACCAUUACAUAGGUGAGCCCUUCCGAGUGCAUUAUGGUCGGAGAUAAGAUUGAAACCGAUAUCAAAGGCGGAGUGAAUGCUGGUGUCGGAGCAACUGUCUGGGUCAACGCAAGGAAUAACUCUGCUCCGGGUGACAUCCAGCCGGACUUCACCAUUAGUAAGGUGACUGAACUCCAAGAUAUUCUUUCUGACUUAACUGCUGCCUCCCACACUGUCGAAAGUUGAUAAAGGAGUAACUUGGCCUGUACAAAUUGUUAUCCCUUGAGUAAGGUAACGUUUUCACAAAAUAUUGACUGAAAUUAUUAAAUUGUUAUCCCUUGAGUAAAGGUAACUUCUUCAUGAAAAACAACACAAAUCAUUAAAAUCUAAGUUAAAUAUAAUUAUUUUAAUAUGUAAUUGAUUGUGUGAUAAAUGUAAAUUUUAAAUUGUUAAUAAUCUAAAUAUUUUGCAUCUUUUAAUUUACACAAAAUAUAAUACAGUGGACCCCCGCUUAACGAUCACCUCCGAAUGCGACCAAUUAUGUAAGUGUAUUUAUGUAAGUGCGUUUGUACGUGUAUGUUUGUGGGUCUGAAAUGGACUAAUCUACCUCACAAUAUUCCUUAUGGGAACAAAUUCGGUCAGUACUGGCACCUGAACAUACUUCUGGAAUGAAAAAAUAUCGUUAACCGGGGGUCCACUGUACUUGGAAGGUAUCACCACGGAUACAGGGGUCCUAUUGUAAUGAAAUACACAAUACAGAGAUUCUCAUUUUGUAAAUUGUCGACUUACUGCAUUGGAAAUAUAUUUUUACUGGAAAUAAGCAAUUACAGUGGACCCCUGAUUAACGAUAUUUUUUCAUUCCAGAAGUAUGUUCAGGUGCCAGUACUGACCGAAUUUUUUCCCAUAAGAAAUAUUGUGAGGUAGAUUAGUCCAUUUCAGACCCCCAAACAUACACGUACAAACGCACUUACAUAAAUACACUUACAUAAUUGGUCGCAUUCGGAGGUGAUCGUUAUGCGGGGGUCCACUGUACCUGCCAGGGAUACCGAAACCGUGGAUAGUAGCAAACCCUAUAUAUAAGUCCUGUACAUACCUAUUAUAAAGUUUAAUUGAUAAAUUAUGCACAAUAAGUGGAGAAUUAUCAAUUUUUCACUGAUGGGAAGUACUUUAUGACUUCUUUUAGGCUUUGAAGAACUGCCACCAUCACUACUUUUGUGCUUUGGUGUUGUUAUUAUGCAAAAUUAACCCUUAAACUGUCCAAACAUAGAUCUACGUUUUUUUUACAUUUUUCAAAUAUAACAAAAAAAAAAAUGUAGAUCAAAGUUUUUUUUACACGCUUUCCAAUGUGAAAAAAAAGGAGAUCUACGUUUUUUUUACAUACUUUCAAAUGUUGAAAAAACGUAGAUCUACGUUUGGACAGUUUAAGGGUUAAGAGGUAUUUUUGGGCCACAGUAAGCCAUGGAUAACUGAAACUGUGGAUACCAAAUCAGUGGAUACAGGGGUCCUACUGUAUUAUGAAUAUUAUAAACAAUACAGGAGGUCCCUAGUUUGUAUGUCACAGACUUUAGUUGAAAAUUAUAUGUUCACUAGUAAAUAUAAUUCCCAUUAAUAUUCCAAGCGAAUAAAAGAUAAUGUUUAUAAUUUUAAUCACUAGUACUAUUGUUGUACAAUAAAUACAGCAAACUUAUUUUAUGUUAUUAUAUAGGCAUUCAUAAAAAAAAUUUGUAGUGUCUGAAGUUAACCCUGAAACUGUCCAAACACAGAUCUACAUUCACGUGCGUAGCGCUCCGACCUUUAUUUUCUCCGUUGGAAGGCAUGUAAAAAAAAAGUAGAUCUACGUUCGGGCAGUUUAAGGGUUAAGGAUUAAAGGAAAAAAAUUACAUUUUAGUUUAUAUUGUGUAGGAAAUGUACAUUAUUAUUUGCAUGUCGUUAUGUUAGGUAAGACACAUAUGCAACAGUUAGGUAUCUUUAUUUCGAAACGUUUCGCCUACACAGUAGGCUUCUUCAGUCGAGUACAGAAAAGUUGAUAGAAGCAGAAGAGA